ACUUUGUUUAUAUUGUUAUUUUUAAUUUAAUACAUCAAAUUGUUUGACAUUUGACAUAAUAUUGUAAUUGUGAAAUAAAGAUAAAAUGGGUUCUUCGAAAAAACACAAGGAGAAAGAUCGAGAACACAAAAAGAAACGAAAACACCGUUCCCGGUCCAGAGAAAGGUCUCGUUCCAAAGAACGCGAAGUUAAAAGGCGACAUAGAGGGAGAGACGAUGACAGAUAUUAUGAACAACAUCCAGAAGGAUUCGACAGGGAAGAAGGAGAAAUUGAAGAUAAUAAUCCAGCUUUGAAACCUGAACCUACUGGGGCAUCUUCAGGUGGUGGUGGUGGUGACAUCAGUUUGUCAAUUGAGGAGACAAAUAAAUUGAGGGCAAAACUUGGUUUAAAACCUUUGGAAGUGUCAACAGGAGCACCAGAUUCAGAGAAAGAAUCUUUGAGAGAUGCAGUACACAAGCCAGCAGAGAGCUGGACACAGGCUAAAAAGACAGAAAAAAUUAAAGACAAAUUAGAGAGGUCUAAACAACGGAGAGAAAUAAGCAGCAAAUUAGAUAAGAUAAAGACAUUAGGAGAGAGUGACUCAGAUGAGGAUGCUGCAACAUGGGUGAGGAAAAACAGAAUGAAACAGAGGGAAAAGGACAGAGCAGAAAAAACUGCUCGUAUGUUAGAGGAGAUGGAUGAAGAAUUUGGGAUAGGAAAUCUUGUAGAAGAAGAAUUCAAACAGGAUAAAACAAAGCGCUAUUCAUCCAAAGAUUUGAAAGGAUUAAAAGUUCAACAUGAUGUAGGCAGUUUUAAAGAAGGACAGACUGUGAUACUUACAUUACAAGAUAGAGGUGUGUUGGAUGAGGGUGAUGAAGCUGAGACAUUGGUGAAUGUUAAUAUGAUAGAUAAUGAGAAAGCCAACAAGUUUGUAGAAUUGAUGAAGAAGAAACCUGAUUAUAAUCCUUAUGAUGAUGCUGAAGAAGAUGAAUAUGGAUUGUUUAAACCCAAAGAUGUUUUAGCAAAGUAUGAUGAUGAGAUAAGAGGAGAGAAGAAGAAAGAUUUCCAGCUUGGUGCUAGGGGUACAUAUAAUUCUGAACAAGACAAACAGAUGGAGAGAAUUACGGCUGAACUCAGGGCACAAUCUCAAACUUUGUCAUCUCAAUUGACAUUGGCAUCAGAAUAUAUGACAGCAGAAGAGGCGCAAGCUAAGUUUAGGAAAGUGAAGAAAAAAGUCAGGAAAAUAAGAAAGAAGAAAAUGUUGAAGGCAGAUGAUCUUCUUCCAUUGCCAGAUGAAACUUCCAUGAACUAUGGUUCAAGAUUGAGUGGGAGGCAAGAGGAAAGUGCUGUUAUCCCUGGUCUAGAGACAUCCGAGCCAGUGCCCGGCAUGGAGUACCAGGAAGAUAUCAAACCAUUUAUCCCACCUAAACCUACAUUAGAGGAUGUCAGUGAUGAUAUAGAAUCUGAUGAAGAUGAUGUUGAAGUAGAGGAUUUGACAGGGGUAAGGAUAGAUGAAGAUGAGGCGAAUAUGGAGUUACAAUCAGCACUUGAUAAAGCCAGGAAACUUAAACAGAAGAAAGAUAAAUUAAAUCCUGACAAAAUAGCUGAAAGAAUAAAAGCUGAUGAAGAUACAGACAUGGAAGUAAAAGAAAAGGGAAUAUCAAUAACAUUAAAUGCUACCUCAGAGUUUUGUCGUGCUCUUGGUGAUAUACCUACAUAUGGACAGUCAGGCAACAGAAAUGAAAUAGAAAAAGAUGAACUUAUGGAGUUAGAAAAAGAAUUGAUAGAGGAGAGGAGAAGAAUGGAGGAGGAAGAGGAAGAUGAACAAUCUGGGUGGAACAGAGUGGAGAUUGAUGAAACACCUGUUAAUAUCGAGGGUGAGGAAGGGGCUAUUUUAGAAGAUGAACCAGUUUUAAACAAAGGUAUUGGACAGGCACUUAAUGUAGCUGUUAACAAAGGUUUUCUACAGAAGGAGAAGUUGAAGUCACAGAAAAUGAGCAAAAAUAUGUUAGAAAUGACAGCACAGAAUUAUUCAAUAGAAGAUAAAAGAUAUGAUGACUUGGAUGAGAAAUAUAAGAAGCGUGACAGAUAUACUGGCAUGUUGAUGGACUUUAAAGAGAAGGACAGUUAUAAACCGGAGGUAAAGCUAGAGUAUGUUGAUGAAUCAGGCAGACAUUUGAAUCAGAAGGAAGCAUUCAGACAAUUAUCUCAUAGAUUUCAUGGUAAAGGAUCUGGCAAAAAGAAAACUGAAAAACGUGGCAAGAAACUUGACGAGGAGCAUUUAAUGAUGAAGAUGAGUGCAACAGACACGCCAUUGAAUACUGUAGCAUUGUUGAAGGAGAAACAACAACAAGAGAAAACACCAUACAUCCUACUUACUGGAAACAAAGGAUUCACACAGACAAUGGUGAAACCAUCAACUUGAGGCUGUAGAUAGUGGAGUAUGGACAUGAUAAUACAGUAUUUACAGGACACUUCACAAAUCCUGUUCUCCUGAUCCAACAAGACAGCUUCUACUGUGUGCAGGGAACAUUUCAGUGUCUACAUUUUUUCAAUCAGAUUGCAUUUUGCAAUAUUUUAAUGGUGAUAUGUUAGGCACAUUUUAAAAUUAUGAAAAGGUUAUUUAUAACAUACCUGCAAAUCGGUAUGUUAACAACCUUUGAUAUAAAUUAAGUUUCAAGUACAGAUAGUAAAAUACACAAAGUGUAAAGGCACAAUGAAUUAUUUGCUGUUAAAAUUGUUAGCAUUAAAAAAUGCUGAAUUGUAAACGUGAAUAAAUGUACAUUUAGUGACAUUUGUGAAAAACUAAAAUUGAUUUUGUAAAAAUGAUGG